GGCCCAGCCCUGGUUGGUCUGAAAUAAUGGGACCCAAAUGAAUCAAGCAAGGGUUAAUAAAUAAAAUAAAUGAGUUCACCAACCAUAACAUAAAACAGAUUAUGUUAUGGGAAUAAAAUAAAAUAAAUUACAUAAAUGCAUAAAUGCAUCCUAUCCUCUAACAAUUAGAGGUCAGUAGCAACAGCAACAGCAACAGCAGCAGCAGCCAAGGUAGCACCAAAUCUGAAAACCUCACCUCACCUCACCUGGGAGGAGAUCAGGGUUACAUUUCUCGGGCUCAUCAUAUACAUCUUUGGCUCCUCAUUUGCAUUUGCAUUUGCAUUCGUAUUCCAUGGCCACUGGGUGGGUCAAAUCCCUUCAAUGCAUAUCUAAUGCCCUCGACGACGUCGUCUCCACUACAUCACCUUCACCCUCAGCCAACACAAACCCCAUAAAAAAGAAGCCAUCUAUGUCCAUCCUCCUUCCCAUCACCUGCGGCAACCCUUCUCACACUCUCCAAGAUGUCGUCCUUCUCUUCCCCAAACAUCCCCCUCCUCCUCCUCCCACCAAAAAAGUUAAACCACCCUCUUCCACGAAUGCCCAUCAUCCAAAUCCCAAACGCCCCAAGCGCCCCAAUCCCAAUCCCAAUCCCAGGUCGCUUGCCACCGUCCCUCCCCCCAAGUCCCUUCCCACUCUCACGGAGCUCCCCGCAGGACACUCUUCACGUCGCGUCGUCGAGAUUAUCUUCGCCUCCAGCUGGUCGUCUCGUGGCACUCCUUUCCCCGGCGAGAUCGAGAUGCUCUUUCGGGUCCAUAACCCUACCCGCACCGUCUCCCGCUUCGAGGACUACCGCGCUGCAGUCCAAGGAAUGGCUGAGGGGGCCAACGAUGGUCGCUGUGCCGCCGAUGGCAACGAGAUGAUGCGGUUUCAAUGCGCCCCGCCUUCAUCUUCCGCCUCAGCCGUCGCCGUCGCCGCCGCCGCUACCGCCGAUGAUGUAAUCUAUGAUGCCCGCGUGGUUGCCUGCUCGACCGGAGGGAUCCGUACUUUCGCGGGCAGCGGCGGGGCCCACGAGAGCGUAGGCGGCGGGAGCGGGAGGCGGUCCAUGCUAGUCUGCCGAGUCAUUGCUGGCCGGGUCAGGUCCGGUACGUGCGAACCUAGCGGGCGGUUCGAGUCAGUUUCCUCGGCCCGAGGCGAGCUCCUCGUCUUCGACUCACGUGCCGUACUUCCCUGCUUCCUCAUCAUCUACAGACUCUAGACCUACUCCUAUUUUAAUGAAUUUAUUAAACCCACAUAGAAAAUUCAAUAAUCUUCUACUAUCUUAGAUUCUUAAUCUUAUCUUUCUUCUUCUUCUUCUUUUAAAUUUUUUUUUUUUUUUUCACCGGGUUUUUUUCUUUUUAUCUCGAGAUUCCCGGUUUGGGGUUGGGGCAGGUUUGUAAAGGUUGUUUGAGUUGGUGGCUUGAUGAAGCGAAUCAAUGCUUGUAAUGUCGGGGAGGAAUGGCCAGCCGUUGGCCCAAGGAAUCAUCAUAUACAGCGAAUUAUUGAUUUAUCUCAUCAGCCAUAGAGCUACAAGUGUGUGUGUCUCUCUCUCUCUAGAUAUAUAUAUAUAUCUUAUAAUUUUUUUAAAAAAAAAACUUUUGAACUUUUGAAGCAUUUUCUCAAAUGCAUAGAAAUUUUAACCAAUUUAAAGGGGUGGUGAUGCAGUAAAAUAGCUCCUCAAUUGUUAUGACAUUUCCAGACCCACUAUUUGUAUCAGAUGGGCAGACCGCAGACGUGCAUAAAUAGCUGCCCAAUCUUCUACGACAGAAAAGAUAAAUAACAAGAGGAACAUUCUAUCUUUAAUUGAGAAAAAGAAUAAAACACUCACCCUUUUAUUGCAGACGUAAGAGCAGAAACUCAAUCCAUAAAUUUCGUUUUUCUUAAUCUUUCCAUAUUCAAUUUUACCUGAGCAGGAAAACUGAAUCUUACUUUGAACUACAUUGACGGCUCUCGGAUUUUUUUUUUUUUUAUCAAUAUCUUUUUAUUUAUCUAAAGAUUUUUCAUUCAUGUAAAUCAAGCACGAGAAGAGGAAUAAAGAGUUGAAAGUAUAGCAUUUGUUGUUCUAAGUCUUGGAGGAGUCUCUCUCCUCCCCCUGUGUCUCAGUGUGUUUUCUUGGUUCAU